UCAACGUCUUUGAAUUGCGACCUGCAGACAGCCCGGUUUGUUUCAGCAGCUGGCUCUCAGACAUCCACUGCCGUUUGGGAGCGCAAACAAGACCAGACCAGCAGACAGUUGGCAACCGUUUGCGAGGGACCGAUCCGCCCUUAGCUAGCAGCGCUUGUCCGCCUCCUUCCGCCCAGCGUGCAAUCGCAACAUCAGCCGCCCGGUUCUCGAUUGAGCUGCGAGCGAUUUCUCUCGGACGAAUUUCGACCAUCUUACCUUGAGCAUCCGGCUGCGCGGGCCACCAGCGACGAAAAUGGCGGCGCGAAAACUCCAACAAGAAGUUGACAAAUGCUUCAAGAAGGUGGCCGAGGGCGUCGCCGAAUUCGAAGCCAUCUACGAAAAAAUUGAGCAAUCGACAAACCAGGCGCAAAAGGAAAAACUGGAAGACCAGCUCAAGCGCGAGAUCAAGAAGCUGCAGAGGCUGCGCGAUCAGAUCAAAACAUGGGCCGCCAGCAAUGAUAUCAAGGACAAGGCCCCGCUCUUGGAGCAGAGGCGGCUAAUCGAGACGCAAAUGGAAAAGUUCAAGGCUGUCGAGAAGGCCAUGAAGACCAAAGCGUACUCAAAGGAAGGAUUAUCCGCGGCCGCAAAACUUGACCCCAAGGAGCAGGCCAAGAUGGAAGCAAGCGAGUUCCUGAGCAGCAUGGUCGACGAACUGGAGCAGCAAAUCGAGACACUCGAAGCCGAGAGCGAAUCAUUACAGGCAACCAUGAAGAAGGGGAAGGGCCAGGCUGCCAAGGCGGACCGGAUAGCCGAGAUCGAGCGCAUCAUCGAGCGGCACAAGUGGCAUCAGGGCAAACUCGAACUGAUCCGGCGUUCGCUCGAAAACGGAGGGGUCGAGGCCGAGCAGGUCAACGACCUGGAGGAGAACAUCAAAUACUACGUGACCGACGGCAUGAACGACGACUUCAUGGAGGACGAGGGCAUGUACGACGACUUGAACCUGCAGGAUGAGGAAGAUCAAUACGGCAUGAACCAGGAGACCGACAAGGUGUCGUCGCAAGAUACCCAGUCGAUACAGGACGACGCGGCUGCCGAUGUCGAGACAAAGGCAGCAGCACCAGCGCUCCCUGGGAAGCAACGGGGGCCAGUUGAUGCAGUGGCAGCGUCGGCCGCCCGACGACCCUCGACGCAGCUCAAAUCGCCCCUUCCGACACUCGCGACACUUCACAGCACUCCACUUGCCACCCUUGCUAAUGGGGCGUCGGGCAGCGCUGGCAUGAAGCCGGCAGCGGUGCCGACGAGGCCUGCGGGCGAGGGCCUGAAGUACGCCAGCGCAGCGGCGGCGGCGGCGGCGAGCGACAAAAACAACUUGGGCAUUGCGCCUUUGCCACCUCCGCCGUCGGCGACUCCAAGCAUUGGUGCCGCCUCGUUGCCAUCGACACAAACGAAGACGAGCGCGGCUAACUCCCCGAGCGUCGUGUCUGUACAGCCGGUAUCGCAGGAGAGGGCGUCCAGCGCGGCAGCCGCCCCGGCAUCUGGCCAAACUGCGGGGCCCCCGCCGAACAGGGCGGCGGCGAAGGGCAAAGCAGUGGCGCAGGGUGAGGCUGCGGAAUCCGCAAGAGCAGCGCAAACAAACGGCACGGCGAAUGGCGCCGGGCCUGGCGAGGAAGCUGGGGAAGAGGAGGAGGAGUCGAUAUACCACCUCCCCGCGUCGCUGCAGGAUCUGGUUGAGUCUUACGAGGUCACGAAGAGGCGGCCGGCGCCUUUGAACGCCCCUGCGACGCAAAGGAUGCAGGCAGCUUCGGAGGCAAACAAGCCGGGCGUAUUAGAUGCGGAGCCACCCCGGAAUUACCAACCGGACGUGAAGUUCCACUCGCAUACGCGAUUCCCGCAGGAACCGCUGGCCAUCUUCGACGACCCUCGUCUCUACUCACGCAUUGAUCCGGAUACGCUCUUCUACGUCUUCUACUACAAGCAGGGUACCUACCAGCAAUACCUCGCCGCGAAAGCGUUGAAGGACCAGAGUUGGAGGUUCCACAAGCAGUACCAGACGUGGUUCCAGAGACACGAAGAGCCCAAGAGCAUAACGGAAGAAUUUGAGCAGGGGACCUACCGUUUCUUCGACUACGAGAGCACAUGGAUGAACAGGAGGAAGGCUGACUUCAAGUUCGCCUAUAAAUUCCUGGAAGAUGAGGUCUGAGUGGCCGUGCUGGCAGCCCCAGCGCUCUGGACCCAAAGAAACGGGGCGGCUGGUCGGUGGGUAUGGUUCUGUGUUAUGUACAGACUAUGGAUAAACAUAUUCCCCCCAUACUCUUUUUCGUGGGGUGCGAACCGGCUGGGUGACGAAUAGGCGGCCGUGUCACGCGCUCUAAUUCAUGGUGAAUGGCAAAUGGGAGCCAACAUGAUCACUUGAAGGCCCCAGACUACAUUGCA